AUUACCUACCAAACGCUGUUUAGCAUAUUAAUUUCCACGAUUUCCAAGUAUUUUUCUUUUAAACUUUAUUUUUAAAACGUGGUGAUUUCUGUGAGUUUUUGAUAAAACUAAAUAUGAAUCAUGUAAGUCAAAAAUUUCAACUCGUAAGUGGAAAUUUUAUGCCGCUUGUUGGAAUUGGAACCUUUCGAGUACACAGUCAGCAUAUUUUUAAUGUUCUCGACGAAGCUUUAAAAGCAGGAUAUCGGUCAAUUGACACUGCUGCUGUUUAUAGAAACGAAGAUGCAAUCGGAGCUGCUCUAAAGAUAUUGCUUCCAAAAUAUAAUCUUAAAAGGGAAGAUAUUUUUAUAACAACCAAACUUGAUCCAGUUGAAAAUGGAAAUCCAGAAGGUGUACGACGAGCUGUUCGCAAUUCAUUAAUGGCCCUACAAACCGAUUAUGUCGAUUUGUAUUUAAUUCACUGGCCGGGCGCAGGUAGAAUUCACGCAAAUUCUUCUCUAAAUACCGAAUUACGUACUUUAACUUGGAAAACUCUGGUAGAACUGCAUCAGCAAGGUUGCUUAAAGUCCAUAGGCGUUUCUAAUUACAAUAUCAAUCAUCUUCAACAAUUGUUUAAAAAUUCUGAUGGUGUUAGACCAUCUGUCAAUCAAGUAGAAUGCCAUCCUCAUUAUCGACAGGACGAACUAUUGAAAUUCUGCACUGAAGAGGGAAUUCAUCUUCAAGCAUAUUCCUCAUUAGGAGGAAGUGAUAAUGGAGCUCUUUUAAAUGAUUCCACUGUUCGUAAAAUAUCCUCAAAUCUUAACGUAUCACCGGCUAGAUUACUUUUAAAAUGGGCUCUUCAGCGAGGAAUUGGCAUCAUUCCUAAGGCACAGAGUGCAAAUCAUAUUCAAGAUAAUUUAAAACUUGAUUUCACAAUUGAUCAAGAAUCAAUGAAGUUACUGUCGAAUUUACCAGAAAGAAAAUAUGCCUGGGAUCCAAGUUCCGUCAAUUAAAAACUAAUUAUAGCGAAAAUAUAAAUUUUUGUAAAUAAUAAAAAUAAAAAAAUAUUUCCUUCAAUUCAAAAAAAUAUUAAAUUUACAAAAAUUUGAAAUUCGAUUAAA